AACAAGUAUUCCUCCAGAGAAUUUUUAUGGAGGCUCCCAACCAACUAUUAAAAGGACAUCAAAAAUCAGAUCAAAGGAAGGAAGAAGGACGAACUGCUCCAGCAAUACAGAAAAACAGGAUUGAGAUAAUCCUUGAAGGGGUUGAGUGACUUGAGAUUCACUUGUGAGGGUUUAAUCUUGCACCCGCAAGCAAGAGUUUGUUCUGGUUUAAUCUUGCACCUGUAAGCAAGAGAUUUCUAGUGGAUUGAACUCUCAAGCAAGGAGGCUUGGGGAGUUGACGUAUUCCGGGUUGGAGGAACCAUUAUAAAUCACGGCUUGAUAU